AAUCCAACCACCAAGCCCAAGUUUAACGGUUGCCAUCUAAAAAAUGGCUUCCUGCAACUUGCCUGUGCCGACAACGACACAGUGCAGUGGUUGGAAAGGGAGGUACCUUCUCUCGUACCAUGGGAGGGAGCACAACUUCGUGUAUACCACAUGAAGGAUCUGCCGAAGGCCAGACGGUAUGUCGGUUACUUCGCGGACAGUGCGAACUCUCCGGACGAGAAGAUUCUUCGUUCACUCCAGAAUCAGAACGACCAUCUCUCUACCAAAAUGUGGCGAGUCUGUAACCGCAAAUUGGUAAAGACCUUGGUCGAACUAGUUCUGGAUAUUGACGAAGAAUCGGCCAAACUCGUUGAGAGUAGAAAUUAUGAACUGCACUACGGUUUCGGCAAAGCACGCAUCCGAAAGGUAAGCGGAAGGCCGAACGUCACAGGCGGGAAAGACUCCGUCGCAAUGUCAGGGAAGGUACGUGCGGGUAACUCCUCCGGGAGUACUCUGCCACCACCCAGGCAAAACGAUCCUGCGAAUGGGCUAAAGGUUCGCGUGGGAAACUCCUCCGGGAGUGCCCCACAACCACCCAAACGCAACCCUGCGAUUGGGAAGGUACGCGCAGGAUGCUCCCCCGUGAGUGCCCUGUCACCACCCAAAAAACGCAACCCCGCGGCUGCUCGGACGGUUCCGCCGAAGACUCGCAAGAGUGUGAAGCAUCAACCACCGAAAAGUCGCACCCCCCGGAGUCAAAAACCACCACAGUGUGCGCGACGACCUUCUGUUGCCAAUCGACUGCUGCAACCGAAGCCGAACAGUGAGGAAGAGCAACUUCCAUCAACCAGCCAAACCGCUGUUGGCAGCCGUCAGCCAAUACCAGGAUCAUCUUCCGAUCCGGACAAAGACGGCAACUUCACUGCAAAGUGAGCAGCCUUCGCUGCGUGCAAGCGAAUCUCCAUCACGCAAAAGGCGCCUCGGGUGUUCUUUGCAGGAGAUUCGCCAAAGAGCAGCUAGCGGCUGCUUUCAUCCAGGAGCCGUGGAUCAACGAAUCCAAAGUUCUCGGACUUAACGCUCCUAACGAAUUUAUCCAACGCGACGUCGUUGCCGUCACGGUUGAAGUACCGACAACCAGAGAAAAGCAGGAAAUGGUUGUCGCGUCGGCCUACUUCCCGGGCGACC